UCCCUCGUUCGCCCCGGUAGCGCAGCGCGUGCUACCUACGGCGGUGUCGACGGACGCUCCGCUCCUCUGCUGUGAGUGACAUCACACUCUCUCCGCUAGUGGGCAGGAAGAAGCUCGCUCGCAUUCUCGUCCACAUGCCGUGGUCCCAUAAGGUGCUGGUGUAAUUUUUUUUCCUCUACAUUUUCGCUGCCAAAAAGGGGUUGGACAAAAUAUUGCCACAAUGAACAACAGCUUCCUGAACAUGGCGUCGAUAGGAGACUUCGACUCGCUGAACACUUCUAUUCCUGCCACGAAAGUUGAAAUCACUGUGUCUUGCAGAAACCUGCUUGACAUGGACACCUUCUCCAAAUCAGACCCAAUAUGUGUACUCUACUCGCAAGCCGUUGGAAACAAGGAGUGGAGAGAGUUCGGCAGGACGGAGGUCAUCGACAACACCCUGAACCCCGACUUUGUGCGAAAAUUCAUCUUGGACUACUUCUUUGAGGAGAGACAAAACCUCAGAUUUGACUUAUAUGAUGUCGACUCCAAAAGCCCCAACCUGUCGAAGCAUGAUUUCCUGGGUCAGGCCACUUGUACUCUGGGUGAGGUGGUCGGUUCGCUGGGUGGCCGCUUGGAGAAACCCCUCGGCGGCAUUCCCAGUAAGAAGUGCGGAACCAUCAUCGUCAAAGCAGAGGAACUCGGAAACUGCAGGGAGUCAGUGCUGAUGCAGUUCUGUGGGAAUAAACUGGACAAGAAGGAUUUCUUCGGCAAAUCCGACCCCUUCCUGGUGUUCUACAGGAGCAACGAGGACGGAACGUUCACCAUCUGCCAUAAGACGGAGGUGGUGAAGAACACGCUGAACCCCGUGUGGCAGGCCUUCAAGAUCCCCGUCAGAGCCCUCUGCAACGGAGACUACGACAGAACAAUCAAGGUUGAAGUGUAUGACUGGGAUCGGGAUGGCAGCGUCUUCGCAGAUUCCAAGGACACUAUACAGCGUUUUAAAAAACGGGGAUCGGCAAACUCAGACAGGUUUCAGGAACCAAUCAGAUCCAACCAUGACUUCAUUGGGGAGUUUAGCACAAGCUACAGAGAGCUGUCCCGCGGCCAGUCACAGUUCAACGUCUAUGAGGUGAUAAAUCCAAAGAAGAAAAGCAAAAAGAAAAAAUACCUGAACUCAGGAACGGUAACACUACUGUCCUUUCUGGUAGACAUUGAGGUGACAUUCCUGGACUACAUCAAGGGCGGGACUCAGAUUAAUUUCACCGUCGCCAUCGACUUCACCGCCUCCAACGGCAACCCGGCGCAGCCCACCUCGCUGCACUACAUGAACCCGUACCAGCUGAACGCCUACGGCAUGGCACUGCGGGCGGUGGGCGAGAUCAUCCAGGACUACGACAGCGACAAGAUGUUCCCCGCGCUGGGCUUUGGGGCCAAGCUACCGCCCGAUGGAAGAGUGUCCCAUGAGUUUGCACUGAAUGCCAACCCCCAGAACCCCUACUGCCACGGUAUUGAUGGCGUGAUGGAGGCGUACUACCAGAGCCUCAAGUCCGUUCAGCUCUACGGCCCCACCAACUUCUCACCAGUCAUCAACCACGUGGCCAGGUAUGCUGCGUCAGUCAAGGACGGCUCGCAGUACUUCAUCCUCCUCAUCAUCACAGACGGAGUCAUCUCAGACAUGGCCCAGACCAAGGAGUCCAUCGUCAACGCCUCAUGUCUUCCCAUGUCCAUAAUCAUAGUGGGAGUGGGUCCAGCGGAGUUUGAUGCCAUGGUUGAACUGGACGGAGACGAGGUGCGGAUCUCAUCACGGGGCCGAUACGCAGAGAGAGACAUCGUACAGUUUGUGCCGUUCCGCGACUACAUCGACAGAACCGGGAACCACAUCCUGAGCAUGGCGCGGCUGGCCAAGGACGUUCUGGCGGAGAUCCCAGACCAGUUCCUGUCCUACAUGAGGACCCGUGGGAUCAAGCCUUCGCCCGCCCCCCCUCCCUACACCCCCCCGGGCCCCGCCGUGCAGACGCAGAUCUGACAGCCAGAGGGGGUCUCACCCCCACCCCCACCUACACCUACACCCUCCCCCCCAAACACACCUCUCUGUCCGUCUCUCUUCAAUCUGCGCUGCAUCACCCGGUGAUAGUAGGAGGGUAGAUUAGGGGCCAUACUAGCCCCCAGUGCCCAUCUCUCUCUCUCUCUCUUUCUCUCUCUCUCUCUCUCUCUCUCUCUCUCUCUCUCUCUCUCUCUCUCUCUCUCUCUCUCUCUCUCUCUCUCUGUCGUUGCACUAUGGCGGUAAAACUGGACCGGACUAAACCAGACUGGCUUAGACUGGACAGAGCUGGCCUGCGGUUUCCCAGGAGAUGAACGGGUUUGAGAUGGAACCCAAGGCGAUGGGAGAAGGCUUGUUUACGUCCACCUGUACAGAGCUCUCAUCUCAGAGGAGUGUUGACCAAUCAGCACACGCGUAACCUUCUCCAGCGGCAUUCUGGGAAAACAAGAAAAGGAAAACGAAUACGUGCAACACAACACACGUCAGAGCUCCUCUCUUCCCUGCAGCGUAAUGGAGAGAGGGGGAACGGACAGAACGACUGGUGAACGAGUGAUUGGAUGAACAGAUAGAUCAAUGGAGGUGUGGAGUGAUGGAGAGAUAGAUGAUGGAAUGAUUUAUGAAGGAGAGCAUGGAUGCAUGCACUGAUUAAUUCAGAAGAUGAAUGGAAUUGAUUGAUUGAUUGAUUGAUUGAUUGAUGGAUUGAUUGAUUGACUGGGUUGCAUGGGGAGUUGCUGGGCUGAAAUGCAUGCCCUGAUGAACACGCUUUUAGAGUUGUAGACUGGUGGAUUUUGCUCUUCUGCUCCAGGAAAAAAACAAGCAAUCAAGCAAACACAAUCAAGCAAACUCAAACAAGCGAGCCGGCGUUUGUGCGGGAAGUCUUUGAGGAGAGGUGCAGCACGGCUGCAGACACAAACUCACUCGACUGUACAGAACUGGAAAUGGACUUCUGCUCAAACUCACUAACUUAACUAACUACUCUUUUAUCACUCUCUCUCUCUCUUUCUUUCUCUCUCUCUCUCUUUCUCUCUCUCCUCUCACUCAAUGUUUACAUGUGAUGGAUUUUUACCGUUGUAUACUUUUAUAAGCAUUCUUGAAUCUAACUGCUCUUUAACUACUAACUUUGGAAGACUGGGAUCCUCCUCCUGGCAAGGUGUUUGUGUUUAUCGUUGCCACGGCGAUUUGUGGGGGCUACUAGCUUCUCGAAAUCCGUGGUGAUACACAGAAGGCAAAGUUCACAGUUCGCCUGAAGGUCAAGGUCAGGUCAAACAGAGGGACAGACAUUGUGUCACAUUUUGUUGCCAGUGUGUGCUCUCUCCUGCCCCUAUUCCCCUACCCUCCACCAUUUAAUUUCUCUUGUUUCAUUUUCUUAAUCAUCUUUACCUCUCUUUCUCUUUCUUUCUUUCUCUUUCUCUCUCUAAAUCUCUUUCUCUCUCUCUCAUUAUUUUCUCUCUCACUGUUUCACUGUCCAAGUUUCCCAUUUUCGCUCCAUUGCUGUGUUGUUCGCUAACGUUAAAAGAUGAUUUUGUAAAAUCACAAAAACACAAAACGUUUUUAAAAAGCAGCUGCUCUCAAACGUGCUUUGAGACUCAGAGCCCAGUGUUCAAAAAUACAGAGAUGUACUCACUUUGUCUUAACUUCAGCCGGUGACAACGCUGUUCUGGUUUGUGUGUGAGUGUGUGUGUGUGUGUGUGUGUGUGUGUGUGUGUGUGUGUGAGAGUGCAGGGUGUAUCUCCUUCACUUGUUCCCAAUCUCUUCACUGCUGCCUGUGUCUGUUUUCUUUAAAUCAACUUGUUCUGAGGUUGUGAAACAACCUAGUAAAACUGGACAUUCACUGACUUCCCACUUUUAAACACACACACACACACACACACACACACACACACACACACACACACACACACACACACACCUCAUCAGGCGAUCCACACUUGAUAUAUUAGGUGUGUGUGUGUGUGUGUGUGUGAGUGUGUGUUAACUGCUGUUAUGCAGCUGAAGCACUCACACACACACACACACACACACACACACACAGGAGUGUUUGACCCUGAUUUCACACACAAAAUCUUAACAUUGUACAUAGUUUUAUUUUGAAAUAUCACAGUAACAUAUUAAGCCACAUUUAAAAGUCAGUCUCAUAUUAUAUAUUAGCUGUUUAUAGCCAUAUACACAUUGACAGUGUGCUUUCAUAAAAUGUACAACAUUA